AUGCCCUGGGGCUGGGGCUGGCUGGCAGCGGGCAGGGCAGCGCGGGGACUGGUGCUGCUGGUGGUCUUCGUGGCCCUGCUGCUGGACAACAUGCUGCUGACAGUCGUGGUUCCCAUCAUCCCCACCUUCCUUUACACAACAGAGUAUGAAGGUGUCAACAGCUCUGUUGCUGCAGCCUGGACCGAACCAGCUCCUCCAGCCUGGGAGGCUCCUUCUUUCUCUUCCACUUUCUCUUUUGACAACACCACGGUGACUCUGGACUUGGUGAACAGGACGGGGAGCAGCCGAUUUCCACAGCCCUCAACCAGCAACCCACCCACCCCCAGCAGCUGCCUGCAGGGUGAGCAGUUCCUCGUCGAGGAGAACAUCCGUGUGGGGCUGCUCUUUGCCUCCAAGGCUCUCCUACAGCUGGUGGUCAACCCAUCCGUGGGUCUCCUGACCAACAGGAUAGGAUUCCACAUCCCCAUGUUCAUCGGGUUCAUCAUCAUGUUCCUCUCCACAGUCAUGUUUGCUUUUUCAGGCACCUACACUUUGCUGCUCCUUGCCCGAGCCCUGCAAGGCAUCGGCUCGUCCUUCUCUUCAGUGGCAGGCCUGGGCUUGCUGGCCAGUGUCUACACCGACGACGUGGAGAGGGGCAACGCAAUGGGGAUCGCCCUGGGAGGCCUGGCCUUGGGUGUGCUGAUCGGGGCCCCCUUUGGGAGUGUGAUGUACGAGUUCGUGGGGAAAUCGGCUCCUUUCCUGGUCCUGGCGUCUCUCGCCCUCUUGGAUGGAGCCUUGCAGCUCUGCAUCCUGCAGCCCUCUAGGAUCUCCCCGGAGAGCACCCAGGGGACACCACUGUCCACCCUCCUGCGUGACCCCUACAUCCUGGUGGCUGCAGGAGCCCUCUGCUUCUCCAACAUGGGGGUGGCCAUGCUGGAGCCCACCUUGCCCAUCUGGAUGAUGCAAACCAUGUGCUCCCCAAAGUGGCAGCUGGGGAUGGCAUUACUGCCUGCCAGUGUGUCCUACCUCAUUGGCACCAACCUCUUUGGGAUUCUGGCCACCAAAAUGGGCCGGUGGCUGUGCUCCCUGGUCGGGAUGGUUGUGGUGGGAACCAGCCUGCUUUGUGUACCUCUGGCCAAAAACAUUUACGGGCUGAUUGGCCCAAAUGGGCUGCUUGGCUUUGCCAUAGGAAUGGUGGAUUCCUCCAUGAUGCCCCUGCUGGGUCAGCUGGUGGACCUUCGCCACACCUCCAUCUACGGCAACGUCUACGCCAUUGCUGACGUGGCCUUCUGCUUGGGCUUUGCCAUUGGGCCAUCCACAGGAGGUGCCAUUGUCCGAGCCAUCGGGUUCCCCUGGCUGAUGAUCAUCAUUGGAGUCACCAACAUCGCCUACGCGCCACUCUGCUGGCACCUGCGCAGCCCUCCUGCUAAAGAGGAGAAGAUUGCAAUCCUCAGCCAGGAGUGCCCCUUGCAAACCCAAACCUGCGCCCCUCAGAAACCGCGGCGCCGUUUCCCUCCCACCGACGUGGAGGCAGAAGAGGUGGAAUAG